AUCAUGUCUGUAUGCGGUAGAGUAGAAGUAAACCGAAAAGGGACGCUUUGAUGUCAUCCAUUUCCACAUCCGGCUGGUGCCGCUUUUUCCAUUCCUCGCUCUUUUCUCGCACUCCGAAAUUUACUUCCUUUAUUCGAUCCUGGGACGCACCACUGGCAAUCAUCAACCUUUAAUCUCCCUCUCUUUACUUAAUCGACGCAUCCUUCCACAUGUGUAGCCUCCAGUGUCCUCCUCAGCAUGGCCGAGGCUUCCACUGCUGGGCCGCGCGCUUCGUCGGUCCCCGCCAUCAUCACAACCACCGGUUCUGCUAGUUCGUCCUCGCACAUCACCAGGGAUCCGAGUAACCAGAGUGGUGCUGGCAAGCACCAGUCUGACCCUGCGCGGACGUCACAAUCAUCUCCUAUCGGUCCUACAUCGGCGGAUGUCGCAUCAGGAUCGAGCAGUACUCAACAGCAACAGGCGCGAAGGAACCACCGAACUACGCAAAGUCUUAGUUACUCGAACCAUCGGGCCAGUGGCUCUAUCACGAGAUAUUCUGCGUCCUCUCCUACUGUUGUGGACCCCGGUGCGGAGUCCAGUGCGAUAGACCCGUUAUCUCAAGUGAGUCACCGUUUACGGAGGAAUCAGCCUUGUUGGGUUUCGCUGAUGGAUACGAUCUUGCGCCCGGCCUAUAGCAUAUCAUUCAGCGCACGCACACCCAAAAAUCCAUUCCUUUGAAGUUGCUAGGGAGAGCGCCUUACGAGGCGGAGGCCGGUGGCACCGACAACUACAAUGCAGACGAGCAGGGCUUAAACCGACGGGAUUCGGUGCCACAUCAGAGACCUC